AUGGCGAAGAACACCAUUGCCGGGCCAGAGCUCGAGUUUGCUCGCGCGAUGGAGAUUGAGCAGAUCCCCGAGAAACUGCGCUGCGCGAUCUGUAAUAAUCUGGCCGUCAACCCGCUGAAGCUGGCUUGCUGCGACACAUCCGUGUGCGGCGAUUGCCACGAAUCGCUAUCAGCCACCGAGUGCCCCGUCUGCUCGCAUGCACCAUUCGACAAAGACACCGCCACACCGAGCAGAGCUUUACAAACCACCGUCAAGGUCUUUCUCAAGACAGAGGCUAAGAAGCGAGGUAUCGACCUAAAGACGGGCGAAAAGGUUGCGGCUACACCCAAGCCCGCCACAAGAGAAGAAGUAAACACACCCGCUGCAGAAGUCGCAACCGCUACUCCAGUGAACACCGAAUCUGCUGUGCCAAUAACGGAAGCAGACGCCGGUGGUGGAGGAGAGACAUCCGUGGUGGAGGAGCCGUCCGCCGACAAUGGCGAGACGGCGCCAUUGGGAGAGGUAGUCCGCACAGUCGAUCAUAGUAGACCCAUCAUCAACGAUACUGACUCCUUUCAGACGUCCACCGACGAACCUCACGCAAACGGACAAGAAGAGGAGCAGGAUGGCGAAGACGAGUCCGACGACGACGACGAUGUGGUCAUCACCACCGAGCGACCGGAGCAAGAGGAAGGGUACCAACACAAUGGCGACGAUCGGAACCACAUGCAGCAUGACGGCCAAGAGACCGAGGAGCAGAACAUGCAGAUGAGCCAGCAGCAAAGCUUCGGCGGCGGCUUUGACCAGAACAACAUGAACGGCUUCAACAACAACGGAAACUUCGGCAACAUGAACAUGAACAUGAUGAAUCAGAUGAUGGGAAUGCCAGGAUUCGGCGGUAUGGGCAUGCCAAACAUGAUGGGCAUGCCUCCGAUGGGCAUGGACCCGUCUAUGAUGUUCAACGGCAACUUCGGUGGCAUGGGCGACAUGAGCGCUAUGAUGGGCAUGGGCAUGGGCAUGGGAAUGGGUGGCAUGAACGGCGGUAUGGCAGCGGGCAUGAGCGAUUUCAAUGGGAUGGGAGGACCUGGUUUCUUCCCGAAUCAAGGGAACUAUCCUCAGUCUAACGCGUACGGAAACGGUACUCGCCACCAAAACAGUUUCAAUGAUCGUGGCUUCGGUCGUGGAUACGGCCGCGGCUUCGGUCGAGGCUCACGAGGUAAUCAAUUUGGCCGAGGCCGUGGCGGCUGGGGCUACCAACAGCAGAACCAGUACGGUCACAACCAACAGUUUGGCCAAAACCAAGCUGGUAGGCCGCAGUCGUCAAGUGGCGCCAAUGCAGUCGAGGCCGUCCCUCAACGUCGUGCAUCUCCGAGCUACGGUGCCGGCCAAGCCCCAGAUCGUAUCUCCACCGGCCCAGGAGAAACAUCACAAGGCACAGAGACCCACGGCGAUCCGGACGCCAUGGAUACUAAUGAUGUAGGAACUAAUGGUGCAGAUGACAAUGCGAAUGACACCAAGCAGAAUGGCGAUGUCGACUUGGCAAGCCAAGAUCAUCAGCAAGAUCUAGCAGAUGGUGAGGCAAGCAAGGACACGACCGAGCCACAAUUUGACGACAAUGGCCACCAAAAUCCCGAAGAUAGUAUGCAAGCCGAGUCUUUCGAUCAACCUGGCGCAUACAACGACUUCGACAAUGGCGCACAGGAUCAGCAGUCAUAUGAUCGUGGUCACCAAAACUUCAAUGGGUCGAGAGGCGGCUUCAGAGGAGGUCGGUCUGGAGGCUACGGGUUUGGCGAUCGCGGCACAGAGAGUGUUGUCGAGUUGACACCAGCUCCCGCACCACCGAAGAAUGCUCCCAUCGGCCCUAAAGCUAUGCGCGAGGGUCGACCGAACACUGGCUGGGCUGGUAGACAAGCUGCUAUGAAGCCAACCCCGACUCCAGCGCCUGAAGUUAAGGCACCUUCUCAACCACCAGAGUCAAUGCACAUGGAAGAUCUGCAGCACAACGAGCAAGCCUACGACAGGUCUCGAUCACACUCACGAGCUGGACGUGACGGCGGCAAGGAGGCGGUACCAGCAUACGACGAUGACUAUGAGUCAGAGGAAACCCAUGCCCGUCGCAAGGAGCGCGAGAGGAAGAAGCGCAAGGAUCGUGACGACCGAUAUGACGAUGAGCGCAACGGCAGUCGCGAUGCAGACAAGUCGAGCAAGAAGUACCGUUCUCGAUCAGAAUCACGUGCAGAUGAUAGCUCCUCCCGUCGCCGUCACCGCGACAAGGAUGAUGAACAUCGCUCAUUUCGUUCUCACCGUGACAGAAGCAAAGACAGACAUCAUCGUCGUCAUCGCUCCAAGUCCCCUGCAAGAGAGUCAGAAGCCCAAGAUGACUAUUCUCGUCGCAAGAGUCGUGGCGACCGAGACCGUGACGACUAUGAUGAUCGCAAGGACAGCCGUCGUAGCCACAAGCACUCGAAGCGCGAAGGCAACUACUACGAAGAUGAGCGCAAGGACCGUUCUCAUCACCGCUCGUCGAAGCAUGAUCGGUCCUCACGCAACGAUGAUCGUCCUCGUGAGCCAGAACCCGCCUCCGUCAUCGUCCAGCCGGAGGACGACGAUAUCGGCUUCAAGAUCAAAGGCCGCAAGCAACUCGGUGAGCAACGCAAAGACAAGCACAUGCCACCACCAACUCGCGGUGGCCGUCGACCCAGUGUCGCUGAGCAGAGCGUUGCCGUAUCCAUGGCUCCGGACCCAUACGCCGCCGAACGUGCUCGCGCUCAGCAAGGCCGCGAGGCGAAGGAAGCGUUGCGGAGACAGAGUACACAGUCUUCUUCACUUGGCAAGCGCGGACGUGACGAGGAGGAGAUCGAUGCCCCGAGAGGUCCGAAGGGUGAUCGUGGUAGGGUGAAGAAGGGAAAGAAGGAGAGACGUAUCAGCUACAAGUAUGAGGAUGAGGUGGGGGUGGAUGAGAGGGAUCGGGAUGCUGGACGGUGGAGGUAG